AUGACGGAGCCAUCGUUUUCGGAUAGCAACCCGUUUUUGCAGUUUCUUGGAACUGACGAAAACGACGAAACAACCAAUCAGGGCAAACCCAGCCAAACGAGCUCGCCCGGAGAGGCCCCGACUACAGACGGUGACUCCAACCAGAACUCCAUUUCUGUCAACAAGCCUCAAUUGCCUCCACGAAGCAAUUUGGACGCUCGGCCGGCAAUUCCACCGCCUUUAGCGCCGAGACCGGACUUUCUGAGUCCAAAUGCUGGAAUGACAUACUUAAGGCCAACUACACCACCGCCAGGUCAAUACUCUAGACCAACAACUCCUCCCCCGGGUCAUUAUUCUAGACCAACUACACCCCCGCCAGGAAUGCUACAGAGUCAGGAACACGAUUUGGAGGCUUCAGAUUCAGCACCUCCGCCGUCGUAUGCAGAAGCAAUGGCAGAACAGGAUGCUCCCCACACUUUUUCAGCACCCUUUGCGGCCACCGGUGGUGAUCAAGACACUGACUCGGGAUUGGUCCAGAGACCACCAAUGCCUUUACCACUACAAGCACGUCCUAAUGAGCACCGGUCGCGAGUUUAUCCGGGCCAUUCCGGGGUGACGUAUGGGAAUGCGAGUAGGAACUCUGGUCCGGGGUUGCCUCCGCGUAACUAUUGA